AUGCUGGGGCUCGGGUGGAUCUUCGGGCAGGAUGAGGCCAGCGUCGCCAUUGGCGAUUAUGCGCCGAACGAGCUCGUGGUGGAGCUGGAGAAGGCGUGCGAGGACACCAAAGACCCGAAGCAGGGCCUGGAGCUGUACGACGAGCUCUGGAGCAAGGUGUCGGCGGCCAGGGAGAGGAGCAGCAGGCUCAAGCUGGAGAAGGAGCUGCGUGGCGAAGCGUUCGAGAGCUACGACGAGCAGGCCCUGAACCAAGGCGUCAUCAAAUGGCUCAAAUUCGCUUUCUGCCAUCAGGACGUCAAGAAAUGCCCAGGGAUCGGCAUGGACUGGCGGAAGUCUGGGGUCGCCGUCGCGAGGACCUUCUUCGGCCUGAAGAGGGCUCGGGAGGAGCUGGCCAGAGCGGGGUUCGUGGCCCAGUUGCUGAUCCUGUCGCUGCCGGAAGACGAGGACGAGGACGACGCCAAUGGACGCCAGGACGACGGGCAGGAGGACACGGCUUCGGCGCGCAGGCACAUGGAGCUGCAGAUAUAUGUGGCGGAGGUGUUGGCCGAGAUUGUUCAGUAUGCUGAGUUCUCUGUUUAUAUGUGCUCGAUCGCCGUGCUGAAUUUCGUCUGCAUCUGCCUCAACCAGGUUCCCGAGGCCAUCGACUACGCCGCCAGAGUGCUCUCCAAGCUCUCGGACGACGAGAGCAACCUGGUGAUUCUGAUGGAGGCGUCCGUGGGCAGUGUCCUGGAGUACUUCUUCAACACGUGCAACCACAAGCGCUACUCCGAGGACGGCAGGGGCGCCGCCACGUGGCGCGGCAGCGCCUCGACCGCGGACGACCAGCUGAGGCAGUACAAUCGGGACAUAUCCGCGCUGAGCGACUGUGCCCGUGUCCUCGGGACCUUGAUACAGUUCAGCCACGAAGUCCGCGUGCACCUCCCCACCCUCAUCGGCGUGUUCUGGGGCGCCGUGGACCCGAGCAGCCGGCGGGCGAGGAAGCCGGACGCGGCGACGGACGACGUCCGCCUCCUUGCGGAGCUUGCCAGGCUUCUCUACUGGGAGUUCAGACGAGAUACCGACAACAUGGAGGUGCUGCUCAACGCCGCGGAAGAUUCCAGCGUGGAUCACGUUCUGGAGACGCUGGCGAGGAUAUGGUCGAGGUGCGUCGAGAUGCACAUGUUCUUGACGGAUAACGGAGGCGAGUUCGCUCGUGCCGUGGAGGCCGCCGCAGAGUCCGACCAGGAGCUCCCGACGCAUUUGCAGCUCCGAGAGCACUUCCUGGAUUCGGAGGACGAACAGGCGUACAGGAAGAAAUGCCCCAUUCAUCCACGCGAGUUGCUUUCGAAAAUACGUUACGCGAGGAUGCUGUUGUGCUACAUGAAUUGCGCGCUCUGGAUAUUGCUCCCGCUGCCGCAGAUUCGAUGGAAGAUGAUUGACAUGGGAUGGAAAAAGUUGCACUACGCCUUCGACCUCCAGGACGAGGUCAACCUGAGGACUGUUCUUGCAACCGUCAGGUUUGUUGUCGACAUGCCGCACUCCCUGACUUGCCACGACUUCCUUGACUUCUUUGCGGACCAAUUGAUAAUAAUCCGGGGGCGGCGGAUACUGGACAACGAGCUGGAAGUCGAUCACCUGGUCAUGGGCGAAGGAGACAUCAUGCUCUUCCUGGACGCCCUUUCGGUCCUGGCUCUGCAGCGGGGCAUGCAGCUGAAGCUCGCGUCGCACGACCUCUACAACAAGCUCCAGCUGCUGCUCGCACAGGUCGAGCAGAAGCUCGUGGGCGCCAGCCCCGAGGUGCUGCACGCCAUCGAGUUCGCCGCCCUGCGCGCGGCGGCCCAGGUGGCCGUGCACCCCGCCCACCGGCUCAGCUGGAUAGGGCCCACGGUGCCCUACCCGGACCCGGAGCUGUUCGGAGUCGCCCUCCGGCGAUACCUCAAGCAAGGCAACGACAGCGCGAGGACGAUCGCGUCCCUGCUGCUGACGAUCCAGAGCGAGAAGUUUGACGGGCCCGUGGGGGAGUACGAAGCGACCUUCCGGUCCAUCCUGACCUGGUGGCGCGCCAACUCCACCGCCACCUACGAAGCCACCCUCAGCGCCCAGGUGAACGAGGAGCGGGAGGGCGCCCCCGUCCCCGCGGAGCCCGCGAGCCUGCAGCAGCAGCUGGAGCUCGCGAGGAGGCGGAGGGCGGAGGGCCGCUCCCUGACCUUCCGGGCCGCCCUGCAGGUGACGCUGCCUCACCCCAGCAUCCUGGCGCUGUCGCUGUUCAGCCGCAUGGCCCUCGAGCCGAGGUUCAAGCGGGGUGCCGUCGGAUCUUCGACGGGGCCCUGGAGCCGAUCCUGGGCUGCGUGUGCGCGGGGCUCUGGGCCGAGGCGCGGGAGGCUGCGGCGGUAA